AGCAGUCACGUGAUCGCAUGCCGUAGUUCAAGAUGGAGACUCGGCGAUGUGGUGGAGGUAGCUGUUUACAAUAAUCACAACAUGGCAAAUACGACGACCUGCAGGACGUUUUAACGUUUACAGCGAGAGUUGUUACCCAACCUAAGAUGUGCGUAUGCCAGCUUCAGAACACGAUCUUGUAAAGUUGUUUGUAAACAAAGACCACCUGAAGAAUAUUCAAGAUUAAAAAAAAAAGGCAAGCAGAGGAGAAAACAGCCAAUGAUCUUCAUCGCAAAUUCGAUGUGAGAGAGGAGAUCGAUAUGGCUCUGAGAGAGUUAAAAGUCUGCCUCUUGGGGGAUACUGGAGUUGGAAAGUCAAGUAUUGUUUGGAGAUUUGUGGAGGACAGCUUUGACCCAAACAUUAAUCCAACUAUUGGAGUACCCACAGAGAACCCACGUAUGCAUAGGGAGUACAUGCAGAAGGGCCACAGACAGUCUGCCUCCUGUUCCUUAAACUUCCACAGUAGAUACUGUGUGCUUGUCUUAGUAUUGUUUUAUUCAGUAUCACACCUUACUAACCUGUGCCAUCAGGACUCCUUCCAAACACUGAAGAACUGGGUGAAAGAGCUCCGCCAACAUGGCCCUCCUAAUAUAGUUGUCGCAAUCGCUGGGAACAAAUGUGACCUGUCAGAUGCCAGGGAAGUGCCAGAGAAGGAUGCCAAGGACUAUGCCGACUCCAUCCAUGCCAUCUUUGUAGAAACCAGCGCCAAGAAUGCCAUUAACAUCAACGAGGUGUUUGUAGAGAUAAGUAAGCGCAUCCCUGUUGUAGACGAAGCUGGAGGAUCUUCAGCAAGAGGUUUCAAAUUGGGUCGUCAGGCCUCAGAGUCUCGCAGGACGUGCUGCUGAUGACGCUGGUGACUGUCUUCCCUCCCCUCCAACGUGACCUGUGAUACAAGCGUUGCCCAUUUUCUUUUUUCUGGCCUGCUUCAGCUUAAAGCCACGGCAAACCCUCAAACGCCUGCACCACAGACACCCGAGUGGGUCAGUGACACUCGGAGAGUUGUAGCAAAUAUAUUUUCAUGGCAGUCAAAAACAGCAGGUCAUUGUGUUUUGUUUGAAAACUCCUAGCUGGAGAAAAUCAGUUCUCAGGUUUACUGAGAAUUAACAAACAGCGAUGCCAGUGACAUGCAUACAUGCAAUUUUCUCUCUCUGGUGCAUUAUAACUCUAAAUUCCUCAGCUUAACUGUACAUCUACAGACUGAUGGAUGCAUUCAGUCGUUUAUAAUUGUACAUUUGUACAGAUCUACUAUCUUUCAACCAAAAACAUGAAAUGAAGUGGUUAAAUCUUGAAAACUUAUUUUCAUAGUACUUAAGUUAUUGACUUUCUUUUGGGAGAUCUCUCUCCAAGCAUUCUGAAAGAACCAAAAGUGUGAAUUUAAUAUUUUAUAUAAGAUUUUGAAGGAAAAAAAAUGAUGUUAGUCAUCCUAAUAAAAAGCCUGGCUCUCCCUGUGAUCCUUUCAUCGCAGCGUCAGUCGUUUCCAGCCACAGUCCACUCCAAGAAGGAUUGUGCACGCUUAAUUUAAAUUUUAUUGUGUGAUUGCUGCUUUAACCGAGGCAAAAUACCAGUGGGAUGUUUUGAUGUAAACCACAAUCACACAGUAAAAGAAGCAGAAAUGAAAGAUGUGUGGGAGCCUUCUUCCUUUACAUUGGAGAAAUAGUUCAGCUUUUUGGAAAAUUGAUAUUGCUGUCAUGUCUAAAUGGUAAAUAUGUGGCUGGAGCCAGGAGAGAGUCAGGCUUGGUGUUUUUAACCGGCUGGCUGCCAGUGGUUUAUACGUGAUGGACAGACUCCUGUUGUUUGUCUAGCACUCUGCCGGAAAACAAAUAAGCAUUUUUCCCUGAAAUUUAGCUUUUCCUUUUAUUGUCAGCUUUGAUCUUUUUCUCUCUGUGGCUUAGAAAGAUGUUUUCACUGCCACUUGUUCCCAAGAAUGACAACAAAUUUCACCGUCUAUGAUUAGAGGAACCUCAUUAUCAGACCCUCCCUGUGAUGGUGCUGUAAUCAGGACAAAAUACUCACUCUUGAUUAUUAUAUGAUAAGAGUUCCAGCUGCUCACAUCUGUUCCCCAUUUCCCUUUAUAAUCACUGAAGAAGUCUUUACAGCAUCCUGUGUAUGAAGUGCUUCAUAAUGCCCAAGGUACAGAGCAUCCUGCCAGUCCCCCUUUUUUUUCUUAUCCCAUUGUAACGUUUCACUGGCAAACACGCCUGUCUUUACUCUUUUGCUGCUACUUUACAACACUUUAACAAGGGAGGUUGAUUUUUGUGAGGACUUGCCAAAUUCUUUAAUUGUCCCAUAAACAUUUUUCAUCUUUCCUUUUUUGGUUUCUUUUUUUUUUUCUCACCACAUAAUCAGCCCCAGCUCACACAUCCAAUGUUGUUUUACUACUUGGCCUCUGAUGAAAACAGCAAGAGCUGGAAACUAAACCUCGUCGAGAGGAAACUCAUAUUUUAGAGCUUAAAUCUCCCGUUAGGAGAAGGUUAUGGGUAGAGAAUUAGACAUGGCGCUGUGUCGACAUGCUGACCCCUUAAUGAACCUUGGCCUGUAUUUUGUCCUGAAUUACACACUGUGUGCUUUGUUCCAGAAUCUCCUUUCUGAUUUUCCUUUUCUUUCAGCUUUUCUGCCUUAUUCUUCUAAACCCCAGGCUCUCGAUGCACGGCUGAACUGAGAUCUGGUACUGUAUACCACGUAUGUCCUUCGGAUCCUGUUGGUUGUGGGGUCAUAUUGUGAUCGGUUUCGAUGCCAUAAUUCCUGCAGCAAUCUUUAUGUGGGUUAUAGACUGUAUAUGAAAGAUGACAUCAUCCAUUCAUUUCUGGAUUUCUCCAUUUUAAAUGCUCAACUUUUUCUGGCAGAUCGUGGAGUGCUAAGUUAAUGCUAACUUGGUUGACUGGCUCCAUUGAUAAAAUACUUGAAUUUUAAUCACUAAAACUGACUCACAAAAGGUUUAGCCAGACUAAGCACAGCAGGGGCCUUAUUAUCUGUUUGAUAAUUCCAAUAAAAGUUAUUCUAAAAGACGCCAAUACCGCAAACAUAGUGGAGAGCUCCAAUUUAUUGACUCCUGUUAGCAGAGGUGAAACUUUUGCUUGUGUCGGCACAUCUGGAACACUUCAAACCCCUAACUUUAACCAAAUCAGAAUGAUUAUAAGAGAAAAACACUCACCCUUCCAGUUGUUAUGAAAGAGAAAGUUAGGUAUAUAGACCACACAUAUUUGUUGAACUUUUGAGGCUGUUGAUAUGCUUGUGCCAAAGAUGAAGGUAGACAUUGACUCCUUUUUGGCCUCAAGCAGCCACUAAAGAAACUGCAGGAAGAGUUUUUGAUUCAUUGUCUUUAAUGAAACUUGUUAUCCCACUGAAACUUUUUUUUCCCCCAUAAGUGAAUUUUUCGGGUUGUUGUCCCAAAAGUUUGACUCAUAAUUUCAAGUUAUUUUCUCAGUUUCAAGUUAUUUUCUCAGAGGUCUGAAGUUUUGAGAUAAUAAGCUGAAAUUUUAACUUGUGGGUAGUAAUUUUUUAU